AUGAUCACUAAUUACUCCCUCUUGAUGGGUGCCUUAUUAUUCACAAUAAUACUAAGCGGUAUUGCUUCACUGGUGCAUGCACAACAAAUGGUUUUAUCCAAGUCAAGAUGCCAUGCUGGUCCAUUCACAAUUACAUUCUCUUCGACCAUUCCAAUUUCCUUUGGUACAUCUGCUAAAAUCAAUGAUGGAUACAAUACCUCUUCAACAUUCAAUUCAAUUGUUGGCUAUUCUAAAGAUGAGACUAGCUUUUCUUUCAGAGUUGGAAAAACAUCUGAAAUGGGUGAUUUCUUUAUCUUCAAUUCACCACAUCCAUUCGCUAUUAGCUAUACCAUCUCGAUGGAUUUUGCCAUGCUGAAUUCAGAAACAACUACAUUGAAAAUACCUGCCUUUGGCCAUGAAAGAUUAUUCACAUCCAAUCUCGUUCACACAACCACAAACAGUUUAACAUUAACCAAUUUGGAUUCAACAAGGCACCAUGUGAAAAUUGCAUAUACAUUCGCAAAGAGUGAAAAACCAAAUUAUCAAUCGUUUGUUCUUUCCACUACUGAAACUAUUCCACUCACCAUUCCUUCUCAAUACACUUCCUCCUCCAAUAUUCCGUUCUACCUCUAUCUCCAAUGUCAAAGCUCUUCAGAAUGCAACAUGGAAUUGAAAAUUACCCAUGUGAGUUUCACAACUCAACAAAACCCUACUAUUGACUCCAGUGCACCUCCAGAAGCAGCCUCAGGAACCGACAUGCAAAGUAUCUUUAUGGAUGAAUUAUUGGAGGCUGUUCCAUCAGUGGCCUAUCUCAUUGGAAGUUUAAUUGUUGGCUGUAUUGCAUGUGCAUGUUUAACAUGUUGUGGUGUUUACUGCCUUGCUAAAAGACAAAAGAAGAAGGCAAGAGUCUCUUGUAUUGAUGCCUCUACAGAAACUUCAUUCCGAUUCGUAACUGCCUUUGAUAAUAAGCAAGGAGAAGGAAAUAAUGAUGCAACUAAUUGUCCAACUCUUGCCUUUGUUCCUUGUCAUAGUUUUAAUAAGAGUAAUGUGAUGAUGCCAAGUGCUGCUACUCAAGUGGAACUUCCAAUGGCUGCUGAUGUCAUUAUGGAGCAACAACAUCCUCAAUCCUAUCCAACAAGUUUACCUCCUCCUUAUUCUUCUUCAUCUAAUCUGGAGACGCUACCAACAAAUGAAUUUAGUAAGGGUGAAUUACCAGUAGAAGAACAACAUCCAGUGGUCAUGUAUCAAACUGUGAAUAUGUAUCAGGAUCCUAAAAUGUCUUUCGAUGUUGAUCCUAAUUUUAAAGUGUAA